AUAAAGAGCAUGAAACUCGGUAUUAUCAUAUUGGAGGCUAGUGAGGGAAGGGUUAGGUUUUUCAAUAUGGAAAUGUCAUAUUACAACUUAAAAAUUGCAAUAUUUUCAUUUGCAAUUAUCUUUGUAUUGAGAUGGACAUGGAGAUUCUUGAAUUAUGUUUGGUUCAAACCAAAAAAAUUGGAGAAACAACUAAGACAACAAGGUUUCAAAGGAAAUUCUUACAAGUUGUUGUAUGGGGAUAUGAAAGAGAUGAAGAAGAUGAUUGAAGAAGCUACAUCCAAGCCUAUCAAUUUCUCACAUGACUUGAUUUGGCCUAGAAUCAACCCCUUCAUCCACAAAACCAUCACAAAUUAUGGUAAGAAUUGUUUUGUGUGGAUUGGGCCCAAACCAACAGUCCUUAUCACAGAGCCCAAAUUGAUAAGGGAGGUGUUAACAAAGAAUUAUGUUUAUCAUAAGGCACGUCGCAGCCCACUAUCUAAGUUUGUAAUAUCUGGGCUUGCGGCCCAUGAAAAAGAUAAAUGGGCCACACAUAGAAGGAUUCUCAAUCCAGCUUUUCACCUUGACAAGUUGAAGCAUAUGCUACCUACAUUCAAAUUAACUGUUAACGAAAUGUUGAACACAUGGAAGGAAGUUGUCUCGAAAGACGGAACAGAGAUAGAUGUGUGGCCAUAUCUUCAAACAUUGACAAGUGAUGCAAUUUCAAGAACUGCUUUUGGCAGUAAUUAUGAAGAAGGAAAAAAGAUUUUUGAACUUCAAAAAGAACAAAUUGAAUUAAUUUCAAAAAUGACACGCUCAAUAUACAUUCCAGGAUGGAGGUUUGUGCCAACUAAAAAGAACAAAAGGAUGAUGCAAAUCUUCUAUGAAGUAAAAGCACUUAUAUUGGGAAUUAUCAAUAAAAGAAUGAGGAUGAUUGAAGCUGGAGAAUCACAUGAUGAUUUAUUGAGUAUAUUAUUGACAUCAAAUUUAAAAGAAAUACAACAACAUGGGAAUAAGAAAUUUGGUAUGAGCAUUGAUGAGGUGAUUGAAGAGUGUAAAUUGUUCUAUUUUGCUGGACAAGAGACUACUUCAACUUUACUUGUGUGGACAAUGAUUUUAUUAUGCAAGUAUCCUAUUUGGCAAGAAAGAGCUAGAGAAGAGGUUUUACAAGUGUUUGGAAGUGAUGAACUUGAUUAUGAUAAGUUGAAUCAACUAAAAGUAGUGACUAUGAUCUUAAACGAGGUAUUAAGGUUGUAUACAUCAGCAUACGCGAUUAAUCGAAUGGUAAAUACAGAAACAAAGUUAGGAGAUUUGUGUUUACCCUCUGGGGUACAACUCAUAUUAGCAACAAUGUUAGUGCAUCAUGAUACUGAAAUAUGGGGAGAUGAUGCAAUGGAGUUCAAGCCAGAGAGAUUUAGUGAAGGAAUAUCAAAAGCAACAAAAGGACAAGUUGUAUGUUUUCCAUUUAGUUGGGGUCCAAGAAUAUGUAUUGGGCAAAAUUUUGCUAUGUUAGAGGCAAAAAUGGCAAUGGUCAUGAUUUUAAAACACUAUGCAUUUGAACUAUCUCCAUCUUAUGCUCAUGCUCCUCAUCCAUUAUUGCUUCAACCUCAAUAUGGUGCUCAAUUGAUCAUGCACAAGUUGUAGAAGUGGUCAUCAUGUGUUGUCUUUUGAGUCAAGCUAUAUACUAUAUGUAUUGUUC